GUUCACUCCUCAGCACGUCCGUCGCCGCGUCCAAGUCAACAAACUUGAGUCAACAGGAAGAAGUUUGAACGCUUACAAUUCCAUAACAACUGGGCAAACAUCUAGAUCAGCUGCUAACGGAUCCUGUGGGGCUAUAAAUGCUGGAUCAAUGCUGUCAUCUGGUGGCCAGACUGGAUAAGUCAAGUGUCAGCUUGCAUUCUGAUCUAUUAAUAACUAGUGCUGAAGUUGUAUUUGAGCAACAAUCUUGUGACUGCACUCACAGAGAAAGGGCAUUUCAUGUGGACGUCUUCAUGUUAACUUACAAGGGAAACACAACUGAUUGCAGUUAUGAGAGCUUUUACUUGACCGCUGUGUGGACCCCUGUGAUUCACUGCAGUCCCAGUGAAGGGUGAGUAACUGUAGGCUGCCAUUUCUGUAAACACUACUGUCCAGAGUGUUGGAAGCAAGACUUGUUGCUUCAUCGACUUUAAUGUAUGGAGUUCCAGCUCAGACCAAAAGGGAAAAUUGCAUAAAAUGGUUUAAUUUCUAACCAGUGUUCCUAUAAGAAACUAAAGGGAAAAAAAGACAUUUCUCUUGUACUGACACUAAGGCGCCAUGUCAAAGGACACAUUUCCAUUCUCGUCUACCUCACUGCGCUCUCUGAGACUGGAGCAGGAGUAUCAGGAGUGGCAGGAUGCUCGACGAGCAUUGGCUCAGAGGAGAGCCCUCACCAGGGCCCCUCUGCCCCGAGCCCCCAGGCCUCCUCCCAGGCAGCAGCGGCUCCAGGAGGUCCGGGCACCCCCACCCCAGGCCCGCUGCAGAGAUACGGCCAUCCACAAUACCUUCAUGUUUGGAGACAUGAAAGGAGUGUAUGCGGUGCUGAAGGACCCAGCAAUGGUCAACGCUCUGAUGGAGACAGUGCAUGAGGAGAUGGUGUGGGCUCCAGAGAUGGGCAUGUGGACGCUGAGCUCCAAGGUAAAACAAACCUCAGCAUUACGUCUGGCUGCCAGCAGAGGACACAUAGGAUGUGUGGAGGAGCUGCUGUUUCGUGGAGCUGAGGUGAACGCUGACCCUGGAGGCAAGACCGCCCUCCAUGAUGCCUGCAUAGGCGGCUACGCUGCCUGUGUCAGGCUGCUGCUUUCUCAUGGAGCAGAUCCUGAACUGCUGGCUGCAGAUGGCAGCGCUCCUCUUCACUUCUGCACCUCUGCGCAGUCGUUCCAGUGUGCUGAGUUGCUGUUAGAGGGAGGUGCAGAGGUCAACGUGAGGAUGAGGGAGUCGAGGCUCACACCUCUGCACGUGGCGGCUCGGCGAGGCCUGGAGGAGCAUGUGGAGCUGUUUCUGAGCCAUAGGGCAGAUGUGUUGGCCACAAAUCAAGAGGGGGAGACCCCUCUGAACGCUGCAUGCUCCGGAGCUGAGAGGUCGUCUGAGUCCAGCCGCUACCUCCAUGCGAUUCAAAUGCUGCUAGAUGCAGGAGCUGACCCCAGAACUGCAGGCAGAAAGCAGCACACCCCCUUGCACAACGCCUGUGCAAACUGCUGCUCCAGGAUUGUCAACGUCCUCUUGCAGCACGGAGCAAAAGCCGAUGUCGUAAACUGUGCAGGAUACACACCAAUGGACUGUCUGUUGCAGGUGGUGGAAGAUUAUCCGGACCAGCAACCUGAAACAAUAGCACAAUCACUUCUGAACCACGGAGCCAAGCCUGUUUCACCAAAGAUGCUGAAGCAGUGUGUCCUCUCUCCAGCCACUCUGGAGGUGAUGCUGAACUCAUAUACAUCUGUCCCUCCCUGUGAAUGGAUGGACUCUCUAUCCGCUGCGAUAUAUGAGGUGAGCUCUCUGCUUCUUCUCUUCUUCUUUAUCAUCCAGGGUUCUAGUUUUUGUGUUUGUCCCUCUCUGCCUCAGGAGCAUCGGCCUUUCUUUAAGUUGGUGCGUGAGCGGAGCGUGCAGCCUCGCUCUCUGCAGCAUCUGUGUCGAUGUGCCAUACGCCUGCACCUCGGAGCCCAGUGUUACUCAGCAGUCAGUAAACUGGACAUUCCCAGCUCUGUGAGGGAUUAUCUGCUGUUGUGUAUCGACGGGAGGCUCCAGUGACUUCAUGUUGUAUACAUGAUCCAACAGGAUGGUGCUGUUUCAUAAACAUUGUCUGAAAUUGACUAAUAAAAACCUGAUUCUGUUAUUUUAUUUUUUAAACUAACACUUGUUUUUGCCAACUUUAUUAUAACUUUAGUCUUAUUGAUGUUACUUGUUGUUUGGACAAUGUAUAACUUCAAAAAUUACAAUAUUUCCUUGUGGACUUUCUGGAAGAAAAUACAAAUAAACUGACGUUUACAACCUG